CAGGCGCAGGGAGCCUGCCGAGUCGCCUCCGCCCCCGGCGGGUCACUCGCCGCGCUUUGGAGGCGGCUCCGUCCCCGCGGGCUCGCCGGGUGCCCGAGCGCCUGUGCCCCCGCGCCGCGGCCGCCGCAGCGACCCCGCCCCCGGGCCGAGGAGGUGCGGCCGGCCCCGCGUCCCGGCGAUGGCCCUGCGGCGGCGGCUCGGCCUGGAGUCCCGGGGCCUGGGGCGGUGAGGUCCCGCGGGCGCGGCGGUGCCAUGGAGGGGGUGCUGUACAAGUGGACCAACUACCUGAGCGGUUGGCAGCCUCGCUGGUUCCUUCUUUGUGGGGGGAUAUUGUCCUACUAUGAUUCUCCUGAAGACGCCUGGAAGGGCUGCAAGGGGAGCAUCCAAAUGGCCGUCUGUGAAAUCCAAGUUCAUUCUGUAGAUAACACACGCAUGGAUCUGAUCAUCCCCGGCGAACAGUAUUUCUACCUGAAGGCCAGGAGCGUGGCUGAGAGACAGCGGUGGCUGGUGGCCCUAGGUUCAGCCAAGGCCUGCUUGACAGACAGUAGGACCCAGAAGGAGAAAGAGUUUGCUGAAAACACGGAAAACCUGAAAACCAAAAUGUCGGAACUGAGGCUCUACUGUGAUCUCCUUGUCCAGCAAGUGGAUAAGACUAAGGAAGUGAGCGCAGCGGGUGGUGCCAGCCCCCAGGAGGGAAUUCACGUGGGCACAUUGCUGAAAUCCACAUGCAACACCUUUCUGAAGACUUUGGAGGAAUGCAUGCAGAUUGCCAAUGCAGCCUUUACCUCAGAGCUCCUCUAUCGCACCCCGCCAGGAUCACCACAGCUGGGCAGGCUCAAGUCCAACAAGAUGAAACAUCCUAUUGUACCGAUUCAUAAUUCAUUGGAAAGACCAACGGAGUUGAACAGUUGUGAAAAUGGAUCUUUCAUUAUGGAAAUAAAUGGCGAUGAAGAAAUCCUAGUGAAAAGUAAGAGCUCCUUGUAUCUGAAACCCGCCGAGAUAGAUUGCAAUCUCUCGAGUGAAGAAAACACAGAGGGUUCGAUGACAGUCCAAGGUGAAAUAAUGAGGGAAGAUGGAGAUGAAGACCUGGGGAAUCUUGACAGCAACCAGCCACAGCCUGGCUCCAUCUCCACCAGUCACUCUCCGGAAUCCCACUGGGAAGACGGUCAAGAAGUUAUCCCGACUUUCUUUAGUACCAUGAACACCAGCUUUAGUGACAUUGAACUUCUGGAAGACAGUGGCAUCCCCACAGAAGCAUUCCUGGCCUCCUGUUAUGCUGUGGUUCCGGUACUGGAUAAACUUGGUUCUACAGUGUUUGCUCCCGUUAAAAUGGAUCUUGUUGGAAAUAUUAAGAAAGUGAACCAGAAGUACAUAACCAACAAGGAAGAGUUUACCACCCUCCAGAAGAUAGUGCUGCAUGAAGUGGAGACCGAUGAGGCCCAGGUCAGGAACUCGGCCACUGAAGCCCUCUUGUGGCUGAAGAGAGGUCUCAAAUUUUUGAAGGGAUUUUUGACAGAAGUAAAAAAUGGAGAAAAGGACAUCCAGAUAGCCCUGAAUAACGCUUAUGGGAAGACUUUACGGCAGCAUCAUGGCUGGGUGGUCCGAGGGGUCUUUGCGUUAGCUCUGAGGGCGGCUCCAUCCUAUGAAGAUUUUGUCGCUGCACUGACCAUAAAGGAAGGGGACCACCAGAAGGAAGCUUUCAGUGCUGGGAUGCAGAAGGACCUCAGCCUCUAUCUCCCCGCCAUGGAAAAGCAGCUGGCAAUCCUGGACACUUUGUAUGAGGUCCACGGACUCGAGUCGGACGAGGUGGUGUGACAUCUGCAGCCGGUACCGCCUUCCAACUUCAGGGAAUCCAGUUUGCCCUUGAGUGUUGAGUUGCCCUACUUAAUUUCCAGCAGCAGCCCUCUCCAGGUUCGAGAGGGGAUAAAGAGGAGGCAAACCUACUGCUUUUAUAUUUAAUUUUUUAAUGCAUAUGUGUUUCGUGUGUUUAAAAAUCAAGGUGCUAUAAAUUUCAGUUGAAAGGGCCUCCUGGAAACCAAAUCGUAGCUAUCUGUAGACUGGAAUAGCAAGUUCUGAGAGCAACUAGACAAAUGAAUUUGUUGGUGUUUGUUUUGGUGUAUUAGCUUUUAAUUUUAGCAGAUCACUCAAACCCAAGCUGCAAAUAAGCAAAUUUUGCUUCCAUUACUUAGCCAACUUAGAAUCGACUCAAAACUUCGAGGGUAUUACACCCCUUCAUCGAACUUUUGAAAUGUAGAGUUGGUUAUUCUCAAACAUUCUUUCAUGAAUUCCCAUGUCUAUGGCCUGUGGGCAAGAAGAGCUCAGGCAGUCCAGUUGUUGGGGUACUGGGGUGAUCUUCACACAUGAUGUGGGCAGCA